CAUGACUGAAGCUCAGGAGUACGAGGAACAGUUUGCGCACCGCUUCUCGGCACAGGAUGAAGAGUUUCAGCGGUAUUUACAGCAGCCUGCGGUGCAGCCGCCUGUAGUGGAGGCGUGGAGGAGCAGAGACGCUCGUUUCCAGGACAGCAGACCUCACCGUGGCGGUGGCGGCUGGGGUCAGAGGUCACAGGAUCGGCGAUACAGAGGUCACCAGAACUCAUAUAAUCAGAGACGACAUUACGAUCGCUACUGAGAGUCGGGCAGGAGGUGACGUGUGUGUGUGUGUGUGUGUGUGUGAUAGUCAAAAUAUUUCAGUGUGUUUAUUACAUCAGCUCUUUAUUGGUGAUGUAAAUUACAGUCUCAUUUAAAUAUUUGCUUCAAAAGAGCUCAUAAAAUUUUUUGAAAAUACAAGGCGUGUGUGUGUGUGUGUGUGUGUUUUCAUUCUAUAUAUGAUUUAUGUAUGGAAUACAUAAUGAUUAUUGCAAUUAUGCAGGAACAAAAAUCAUUUAAUCACUUUUAAACAGGGUUUUAUUUCCGCAUUAAUCAGUGUUUAUUACUCACUUUAACACAAUUAAUAUCUGUUUAACGCCGUAAGGAAGAUUACACUCUACACACAAACUAAUAACCUACAUUUCCUUAAGUAGUGUUCAAAUAAAGUACACUUUUCAAUAUAUUCUAAAUAUUAAUAUCACUGAUGUAAUGGAGGAUAAAAUAAAGCAGACAGAAAGGAAAAAUGAGAGUGGGGAAACCGUGAGGAAAGAAGGAAAGAGAAGGAGGAGGAUGGAAUAAAAUAAGGCCUGUGUGAUUGGAAUGAGUGUGUGUUGGUGUUUAAGGGAAAGCUCCUGAUUGGUCGGCUGUUGUGACGCCCAUUAUGACAUCAUCAGCUGGAAUUUAAAUUCUCCAACAUUCCAUCAGGUUCAGUGGGGAAGCUUUUAAUACUGAUGUAGCUGUUGAUUUGGGUUUAAUGGAGACGUGAAAAGACGUGAAUACUGUUAAAACGUGUGCGUGUGUGUGUUUCCUACGUGCUGAUCAGCUCACCCCUCCAUCAGAAAGCACUAUCACUUUAUUUCCUGUGCCUCAUUUGCAAAAAUCUGUGCUGGAGUUAUUUUAUGUAAAUCACAUGGAGAUUUAAUCAGAAGUGAAAAGCGACACGGUGCGGGUUUGCCUCCUGACACACGUCACGUCACGUCACCUCACGUUUCCUUUCCACUCUUAUUUAUCUGUUUCAGACAAACUGCACCACAUCGACAAUCACACACACGUUUUUACUCUGUAAUCACUGGAGUGUGCGCUGUCCACGUCCCUGUGAACCAGCGGUUACCAUAGAAACCAUAACGUAUCAGAUAGAGCGCGUUAAUAUAAACCUGCGCUACUGUCGGAGCUGCUGUUACAGAGAACUAAUCACCGCCUUCUGACCAAUCACAGUCCAAACUCAGCACUGAACCAAUGAAACACUGAGAUGUUCUGUGCUGUUAUAUUAUUCCAGAGAGGAAGCUGCAGUGAUUAUUUCAAUUCUGACUCUGUGUGUGUCUGUGUGUGAGAGUGAGAGAGAGCAUGAAGAGAAGUGUUAUGUAAUUUCACUGCAGACAGAAAGAGAACAUGACCGAAGGAAGGACGAGUAAAAAUGCAGAGAAUCAUUAUUUAGCUUCA